AUGAGCCUACCGAAAUUCAACGAACGAAUCAAAUCAUGGCUCACGUUCAAGGACGCGUUUAAUAAUCUCAUCCAUUUGCAACCGGGGCUAAGUAAAAUACAAAAAUUGCAAUACCUACAGCUGUCGUUAUCCGGAAAGGCUGAAGCGACGAUCAGCGCUUUCACGAUUUCAAACGAAAACUACGAAGCGGCGUGGACCCACUUAAGCGAAAUGUACGAUAACCGACGCGCACUGGUACUACGUCACGCGGCCCUGGUCCACGAUUCACCAGCAAUGCCCGAUCACAGGUCCGACUCGAUACACGACCUAGUGAAUCACGUACAAUUGCACAUUCGAUCCCUGCAAGCCCUCGGUCGUUCACGGGAAAACAUCGCGCAAGAUUUAAUUACUAGCAUCAUUGUCUCGAAGAUGGACGACGAAACCAAAAGAAAUUGGGAACGCACGCUCUCCGACACCCAAAUUCCCAAACUCGAUGAGGUAAUUAAAUUCAUGCACAACGCGACACAUCAGAAGGAACAAUUCGAAACGACAAAUCGCGCAACGCAAAAUACAUAUCGAAACGCGAUUUCGUCGCCGAUUCAAUCGCGACCGUACAAUCUUCGCCCGCGUUCUCCGAAGGCACAGUAUCAGAAGAUAAAGACGUACGAUAUGAAAACGUCGACACAGGAACCACCGCACGCGAAUUUCGAUCAGCGCGAAAAUUAUCCGAAACGUCAACCGCCGUCACCGCGUCCGCAACGAAGAACGUCGACCGCCGGUUUAUCGUGCAACAUCUGCAAUUCGGAAGGACACGCAGAAUAUUUCUGCAGACGGUUCUUCGAGAUAUCGGUCAUCUAUCGAAUCGACGCUGCGCGUAAGGCCGAUCUUUACACGAAUUGCUUACGUCCAGGUCACAGAAGCGAGGAUUGCCGCGGUGGCACAUGCCAAGUGUGCAAUCAGCGGCACAACACAAAAUUAUACCAAGACGAAAAAUACCCUGGAUCGACGGAAUCAAAACAGUGA